AUGAAUGCAGUCAUGGAACUAAUAUUUUCAUAUUGGAUUCGAAUUGAUUUGAUGAAGGACGCAUUAUGUUGCGGGUAUUCAAUCGUUGACCUGAUCUCUCCUUUAUUUCAGUCGGAUGUCUUGUGUUGGCUCUGGAAAGAUAAAGAGCGGGAGGGAGUGAGUACAGAGGAUUCCAGAAGAUUUGGACUCAAGAUGACUGCUGAAAUGAGGGAUAUGAUCAAUCAGUUAAUGGGAACAAAUCGUGCGGAAGAAGAAGGCCGACGACUUGUGCCGUAUAAUCAUCAUACGGUUUGCAGAGCAUUCCUACUUGGCUGCUGCCCACAUGAAAUUCUAGCUGACACACGUCUCGAAGCUCUCGUUGCCUGCAAUAAAGUUCAUGAGAGUGCUCAUAAAGCUGAUUAUGAAAACGCUCAGAAGCAGAAAGAUCAUUUUUAUGAUAUCGAUGUGUUGUUGUUGUUUUAUGCUUGUGGAAGGGAGAGUGCCCUUCGUGCAAAUACCGAGAAACUCUUUCAAUCAUCGUCCGAAAAACAUAAUGGGAAUUCCAAAAGUAUAAAGUUUCAGGGAUUUGAGAGGUUGGAAGAAGCAAUUCAUGUUGUCGACAAAGAAAUUGAACGCACAAAAGAGAAAUUGAAGAAAGAUUGUGAAAAUGAAAUUGACCAGGCUGAGAUGCUCAAGGCACAGAUGAUCGGAGAACUGGGUGAGAAAAUUGGGACAACAAUCGUCAAAAUGGAAACACUCGGAAAUGAAGGUAAAGUAGAAGAAGCGAUGGAAUUAUCCAAAACAAUUGAGGAAUACAAGCGCAAGAAGCGUGAUCUUGAAAAUGAUGUGCGGACAGUUUUAAAUACACCUCAAGUGAGACUUCGAGUGUGUGAUAUGUGUGGCGCGCAGCUAAGUUUGAUGGAACAUGAGACGCGCUUAGCUGAUCAUUAUGGAGGUAAAAUGCACUGUGGUAUGGAAAAUAUCCGUUAUCAAUACGACGAAAUGAAGAAAACAAUUAAUGAAAGGCGUUCAGCGUGGAAGAAGACACGAUUGGGUUUAGGAAGUCCACAAGAUGAUAGGAGUGCUCGAGAUAAAAGAGAUCGUAGUCGGGAUUGUCGAGGACGAGAACGUGACCAUGACUCUAGAGAUCGUGAGAGAGAUCGAGAGCGGACUCGAGAUCGCGAGCGUAAACGCAGGCUAGUUAUUUUUUGCAAUCUUUGGUGUUUAGCACUUUUGUGUAAUUGGCAUGGUGUAAAGAGUUCAUUAAUAAAACUCCGCUCACCGAGAUGCCGAUCUCGUUCUCCUCAUUCUUCUCGUGAUCAAGAUCGUGAUUUUAGGCGGAGUAAUCGUGAAAGAAGGCGGAGUCGUGGUUAUCGAUAA